AUGUUGGCGCGCCUGGGGCUUCCGUCGUCCAAGAAGAAAUACGAGGAGAGCAUUACGGGCGUGCACGCUUACCGUCAAAAGUACCAAGACGCGCUGCUCUUGCCCAAGCGGGAGCUCCAGAAUCUCGACCUCUCGCCGCCCAAGAGCAAGCGCCACCACUACCGCCACCGCCUCGAAGAUUCGGCGUCAACCAAACCCCACAAACCGAAAGAGCUCUCAAACGAAGAGAACGACGCGGUCUGGCGCCGAUGGAAGCAGCGCAAAGCCGACGUGCUCGCCAAGCAAAAGCAGGAGGACAACAACGUGCUUGCGAGCUUGGAAGCGCGCGCACCAAAGCCCGGCGACGACGAGGCCCAGUUUGAGCGCUGGAAGGAAAAGAAGCGCGAGACUGACCGCGCCGAGCGUCAGCGCAAGAAGGCCGAACAGGCCACGUGGGAUGCUAUGCUCGAACAAGACAAGGCGAAGCGACGAGAGCUGCUGCAAGAGAAAGCGCCGCCAGUAGCGUGCGCCGUCAAGACCAAGAAGAAGCUGCCCCAACCCGAGACUCUCUUGCACGUGCUCGAGAAGGUGCAAGCAUCGCCGUACAGCAAGCGGUUGCGCGGCCACACGAAGCCACCGGACGCAAAUGCGUCGGUGCUGCCUCUGAUUUUACAGAAGGCCCGGCCUCUCACAUCGACAAGCUCACUCAAAGUGCCAUUGGGACAGCUUGUAAGCGACCAAAGCGACGACGCCAGAGGGAUGCAAGCUACCAGCGACGACGACGACAACAAUGAGCAGCACGAGGAGAACGAGGGGCUGCCGACGCUCGUGGUGGCCGAGAGGAUACCGCGGCCGGCCACGUCGGCGAUGGCUGCGAGUAGUUCGAGUAGUAGUAGUACGCGCUAG